ACUCGGUUUCCCAGCGUGCCCGCGGGGAGGGGGUGGCAUGGCGGGCAAGGAUGACACCGGAGUUCGACGAAGAAGUGGUGUUUGAGAAUUCCCCACUCUACCAGUAUCUGCAGGAUUUGGGACACACGGAUUUUGAAGUAUGCUCAUCAGCGUCGCAGAAGGCGGAGCAAUGUGCAGCAGCGGAAAAAGAAAAAGAGCGGACUGUGCGUGCUGCCCAGAAACAAGGCAUCCUGUCAAAACUAGCUGAAUUCUUUAGAAGCUGGUUUCCUUUUCCACAGUAUAAGAAAAACGAUGACAUACUUCACCGACUGGAUGUUGGAUUUCGAGUUGACACGCUCCGUACCAUCCUGCAACAGGAAGUUCUGCUGCAGGAGGAUGUGGAACUGAUUGAGUUCCUUGACCCCAGUAUCCUGUCUGCGGGGCAGUGUAAGCAACAGGAAAACAGACAGCUUCCAACACUGCGCUCCCUAGCAACUCCUAAUAUUUGGGAUGUUUCGCUGUUUCUUGCCUUUGUAAGUGCACUGCUUAUGCUUCCUUCGUGGUGGAAGGAAUCAUCGUGGCUGCUGUGGGGACUAGUUCUGCUUGUCUAUGCAGUCUUUAGAGUAUGGGGCACAUGGAGGACAGCCAAGCUGCAAAUGUCCCUGCGAAAAUACUGUAUCCAGCUGGAAGAAACAGUGGCAAAUAGCCGAGCUUUUACUAAUCUCGUGAGGAAAGCUCUACGGCUCAUUCAAGAGACUGAAGUAAUUUCCAGAGGAUUUACCCUUUUGCUUGACAGGGUCAGUGCUGCUUGCCCAUUUAAUAAAGCUGGACAGCAUCCUAGUCAGCACCUGAUUGGUCUCCGGAAGGCCGUGUAUCGAUCCGUCAGAGCCAACUUUCGGGCUUCAAGACUGGCCACUCUGUACAUGCUGAAAAACUACCCUCUGAACUCAGAGAGUGACAACGUGACCAGCUACAUCUGUGUAGUCCCCUUUAAGGAACUGGGUCUGGGACUGAGUGAAGAGCAGGUCUCAGAAGAGGAGGCACACAACCUAACCGAUGGCUUCAGCUUGCCUGCGCUCAAGGUCCUCUUUCAGCUCUGGGUAGGGCAGAGUUCAGAAUUCUUCAGGAGGCUGGUGCUGCUCCUCUCCCCAGCCAAUGCAUCCCCCAAGGCCUUGGUCUCCCCUGAACGGCUGCCUCAUCACAUCCUGUCCGAUGUGACUCAAGGCCUACCUCACACACACGCUGCCUGCUUGGAGGAGCUUAGGAGAAGCUACGAGUUUUAUCGGUACUUUGAAACUCAGCACCAGUCGGGUUUGGAAUGGCCACCCAGAACAAAGCAGAAGUCAAGGGAGCUGAACAGCCUUCAGACAGCAGUACGCAGCUUGCAGCUUCACCUCAAGGCGCUGCUCAAUGAGGUAAUAAUUCUUGAGGAUGAACUUGAAAAACUUGUUAGCACUAAGGAGACACCUGAGUUGACAACAGAAGCCCAUCAGGUUCUUGAACAAAAACUAAAGUUUAUUCAGCCUCAUAUCCAGGCAAGCAACAGCUGCUGGGAAGAAGCCAUUUCUCAGGUGGAAAAAAUGAGUGGAAGAAACACAAGUAAAAAAGGCAAAAUUGAAGUUUCCUGUGACAACCUGCAGCGUACUACAGUACCUUUAACACAACCUACCAUAUACAUAGAAAACAAAGAUCCAAUCCCUGAAGAGCAGGAAUUGGAAGCAUAUGUUGAUUAUUCAGAUAUAGAUAAUGAAUACAAAAGAGAAGAUUUUUACUGCUUUUCCCAGGAAGAGAGAGAGAGACAAGAACGAGAGAGACAGGAAUCUAAAAGGGUGUUACAAGAAUUGAAAUCUGUACUUGGAUUUAAAGCUUCAGAAAUAGAAAGACAGAAAUGGAAACAGCUGCUAUUCAGUGAACAUGCUGCAGUGAAACCCUUGCCUUCUGUAGAACCACUGAAGCUACUAAAUAAUUUGGAAUCACAUAUGAAUUCAGAUACAGAAAAGCAGGACUGCAGCCAAAGUGGUGAUAAAUCUGAAGAAAAAGACUCUAAUCCACAAGUGACUGCUGCUGAUAAAAGCAGGACAGAAUAUUUGUAUGAAGAUCCUGAGAUGGAGAAAAACAAAAACAGUACUGCAGAUGAAGAUGUUUCUGCAGGGACUGAAGAAAGAAUGUGUUAUCAGAGUGAAGGGGAAGCUGAAGAACUCAAGCCGAGUAGUAUGGACGGAGUAGAGGUUUCACAGCCUCCCUCUAAGGAUGCAUUACAUUCAAAAAUCAAGCAUAGGCUGGCCCAGCUCCACAUAUCAACAGAUUUAAACUUCACAUCUGGUCUGGCUGCACAAGUUGCUGCCAGGUCUUUCACUUUUACUACAAUGCAGGAAGAGACUUUUGGAGAUGAGGGAGAGGAGGAGGAAGAGAAGACAAAGGAGCAUGAAGACCUUGUGGAGGACUGUGAGAAUGAAGAUGGAGGCUCUGAAAGUGAAGGAAAAGUAUAAGUCUGAGCUGAGCUUUGUUAAACCAACAGCAGGCAAUUUGAUGGAAAAAAAACUAAGGUGAGGUGUGAAGGUGAAAAUACUGGAUGGAAAAAAUAGGAGACCUAAAUAUAAUACAUCUUGUUCCCUAAGUCUGAUACACUGAAUAGGACUUCUAAGUAUAUUGAAAAUUUGCAGGUAAGAGAAGUUUAGGUUGCAUCCAAGAAAUAGAUGGCUGUUCCAUUUUUAAGGUCCUAGUGAUGGAGGUUGGAAUUGACCUUUGUGUUUUCUGUUUUAUUUAUUUAUUAUAAUGUAUUGUGGGGUUUUUAUUUCUAAAAUGAAGGAAAAACAAUGUCUUGAUUGACAACAGCCUCCGGUUUUUGCUUUCUGAUUCUGUUGUCAUGGUAUCAAUGUUUGUUCCAAUAAAAAAAGCCAGGACAUUUCUUUUAGAAGAACCUGAACUGUUCCCUGUGAUCUUCCCCACCACUUUUGUUUCAAUUCUUGUAUCUGCCGUGUGUUGACUAAGCCACAGUAGACAUUUGUGAUUCUACAGCUAGUGAUGUGGCACCCAAAUAAAAUGUAGAAUUUUAAAUAAAAACUUGAAAGAGCUAGUAUUUGAUAUGUCCUGGGGUAUGGGGCUGAAAUAGUAUAAAGUUAGUCAUGCUUCAUAUUAAGGUUUAUUUAGAAUUUUAUGAAGGGUUAAUAAAUGAUUUCUAGAAAUUGUAAUUCAUGUUAGAGAAAUGUGUUGUAAGUAUAUGUUAGGGAAGGCUAUAAGCACACCAGUAGAAAGCACUAUAGACAGCUAGAAGCUAUCUGUUGGAUUGACAGUAGGUGAGAAGUAAACACCUGUGUAUUAAACCAGCUAUUAAUUAUUUGUUAACCUUUUGUAAAUUGAACCUUAAUAUAAUUGUUUGAUUGGAUAUAAUGAUUGAUUGUACAUUUUUGUUUAUGUCCUAAUGUAAUUUUCUUAGAAGAAAAUUAUCUGAGAGCUUAACAACAUGCAGUACUUUGUUUAAACAGCAUACUUGCUUUUCCCUAAUGUUCUUUCACUUUUCCUUAGAUCACAACUAUAACCUGUGUGAUUAAGAAUCCUUGAGAGAACAACAAUUGUGUAUUUUCUAAGGUGUAUCUUGUAACUUAGUUAACUGACACUGAUGUCUGGAUGUUUAGUAUGAGAUUAUGUGGUUUGUUUUUUUCUCUGUGGUGAUGUUACAAGGAGCAGGAAACUGCUCUUCUCACAGAGGAGCUGGUUAAUGAUUUCACUGCCCUCUCUUCCUUUUGCUCUCUGACACAAAAUGAAGCUCGGAUCCCAUGUCUCUAAUGACAAGAGCGCAGCUUCUUUGUGUGGAAUACUCCGACCUGGAUACACUGCAUCAGUUACUUAGAGUAUUUACUGGGGUUUGCAAGUUCUGUAGGGCAAAGGUUUUUUUAGAUGCGGGUGGUGCAGAGCAAUGUCUUUCCUAGGAUGCUGGUGGGAAAUGGGAAAAGCCAACAAAAGUCAGCAGAUUAGGGUGGAACUCUUGAUGAUAUGUCAGAAAACAAGUGCUUUCUUUCAAUCUCCCUCUCUUCUAUUAGUGAUUUUGCAUGAACACUGUGAAAUAUGUGGACUUCUUCACAGAUGGUAGAGAGGUAAAUACCAAUUAAUAGACAAGGGAGUAUGUGACUUACGUGUUCUUUCACAAUAUAAUGCCUGUCUUCUCCCUCACACACAGGUUUUGGGAAGAGAAUGUCUUGCCAUUUUUCUUUGACCAGUAACACUGUGUUCUGUGCCCUUAGUUUUGUGUAAGUGACUGGAAACUGAAUGGUUGAUGUCUUGGGGGUGUGGUAAAAGAAAAAAUCAGAUGCUUCUCAGAGUGUAUUGAGAAGCUAAGCCUCCUCUUAGAGGUAGAGUAUAUUCUUCUGUAACCGGUAAAGAUUAGGCUAAGAUGAUGAAACGCUUUUAUUUUCUCUCUGGUAAGCAAUUUUUUUUACCAAGUCUAGAACAGCUGCUUUGGAUAAAUUGUGUUUGAAGCAUUGUCCAUGCUUCUGCAAAAGUCUUCCUCAUCCUUGACUUGAGAUCCUUGAGUUCACAAAGUGCCCAGAUUUUUUUUUGUUCCUAGCUAGUUGUUCUGACUCCCUAAAUGUAUGUUCCAUUAAUGCUUUUCCAUAAACUCAUUGCACCAUCGUCUCAUGAUCUGAUGUUGUGUAUCCCAGAAAGGAUACUCCUGAAUUUUUCCAGUGGGAUUCAAAUCAUAGUUUACAAUGUGUAUGGCUGUUUUACCAACCUGGAAAGAUGAUCAGAUUUAGGAUAUGAAUUAUUACGGUGCUCACAAUUUUGGAUGAAGGCAGUAGUAGCCUGAGUGCUUUGCUUUGCUACUAAAAUUGGUUUCAGAUCUCACAUUUAUAAAAAUUGCCAUCUCUUUAUUCCUUUGAUGCAAUCCUUAGCAAAAGUCCUGGAGAAUCAACUUUGGUGGCCCACUUGGAACCUAGUUUUGUUAUGUGUUGAUCUUGGUGAUGAAACUGAACUAAAAAAACCCAUCCAUCAUGAGUUGUUCAUUUUCAUCCAUCAGUUGUGUCAACGUAGGAUUUCGUGGCCAUGUUACAAAACAGCUCGUGAGUCCGCCCUUUUUAGGGAUUACUUUUCACUGUUCUUAUUGCAGUGAUGCCAUUUACAGUAGUUACCUCCAAACAGCUGUAUCAGGACGGACUGCGCUGCUGGUGUGAGACUCGGGAUUGCCCACAUUUACAUUAUUGGCAAAGGUGGUGACGUGUGAAAUUACAGCCUUGACAUUAGACAUGGGUAUGAUCAAAUGAUGACUUUUUGGAGGAAGUUCUGAUCCUGCUUUGAACAAAUUGAUUUUCUACAAGCACUUUAACUGAUUUCCGUGGUCUGUCUUAGUGCAGUCUUAGAAGCUACACAUAUGAACACGUGGGCUCACUUGCUUUCUCUGCCUCUCAUCACAUCCGUAUAUGACAGCCAUCAGGUCAUUUAUUUUGAUUUAUUUAAUAUUCUCCCUGCAGAAAAAUAUGGCUAGCAGGGUACAGCACACAAAGCAUGACUUCCCUUGACUUGAUAACCAGGUUCCAUCUACGUGUGUUAUGCACUCUGUCAUAAUCCAGAUUUUCUCAUAAUUAUGUCAUUUGCAAGGACUGGACCAUACGUGCUGUAUGUUCCUUCAAGAACCUGAGGGAUUUCUUGGCAACCACAAUUUGUUGCUGCAUUUAAAAUAAUGUAUAUGAUGAACACACUGAAGUGUGCAUUAGCUCUAAAGAGUUGUGUUAAUAUAUUGAGCAUGUCGAGGUCUGAGUGCUGUUCUGUGUUCUUUGGCUUGUUACCGGAGAUACAGAUUUUUGUGAAAACAGAACAUUUGCUUCUUAGGGCUUUGUAACUUUUUGAAACAUGCUAAUCAGGAAAUCCAUACUAAAUAAUGGGUUCUGCUGAGGGAUAUCAGCAGCCAAAAUUCUUUAUGAAGAGCAGAGCUAACAAUAAAUGCAUUUUCCCUAUUCCAUUUCUAGUUAGCAGUUCUGUGAAGUUGUAAGUAGAAGCAAGUAAUUAUAUAGGGUUAAUUUCUUCUCCUUCUAUCCUACUGGAAGACACUCCAAAGAUAAUAUUUGCUUCUUAGAUUGGAUUGCAAUAUGACACUACAUCUUUUAUAUCACUUCACUUUACAGCUAAAGAUGUAGAUAAAGGCUUAAAUGGGGGCAAAGAUGUGUAAUAAGAAGAUAAUUUGUCCCUUUUGUUAAGUGUACGUCUUCACGACAGAAGUUGUAAAACAGUUGUGUCAUGGAAGCAAAUGUAGAGAGUGACAGAUAAUCAAGCAUCUUUCAAAUGGAGUUAAAUGUGUCUGUGUCAACUACAGGCAAGAUUCGCAAAUGUAAAUCCUCUGGUUUCGGUCGUGGCAGUGAGACAGUUUUACUCCCAACAGAGAAUUGCUGGACAUCACUGAAUCUUGCACCUCAUUUUCUAAGUGCAAGAUGCAACCUGGUGGAGUAGCCAGGUUUCAGACUUUGUCCUGAGCACACCUGUCUGUGUGACUGACACAGUAUUGGAAAUUUUAUGUGUACUGGAAGUGCAAAGUUUGCAACUGUCUCAUUAAUUUAUUUUGUAAUAAAAAACCUGUUAAAUGGUGGACCGUGUGGAGUUGUUUGCCCACACUGAAUUUUGUAAUCUUGUAGUCUAUGCCUUUUUUCUUUCUUUCCUCUUUUUUUUUUUUGACAGAAGUGAGGUCAAGUAUACUAAACUGCCCUUGUUCUUUAAAGUAUUUAGUGAAAGGCUGCUGUUUCUCUGCAAGUGACUUGUUCCCAAGGCUAAUUACUCUUUAGAAUUAACAGGGUUUCACACAGUCUCAUCUAAAAAAACAGGCAUUGUGUGAGAAUAGCACUUGGUCAGUGUAAAGGGCCAGGCUGCUCUGGGAUCUUGUCUGUGACAGGGACUAAUAGCAGAUGCUGAGAGAAGAGUAUGAGAAAAGAGAAAUUUUUAGUGAUACUUACUCAGGAUAUUCCUCAACAAUUUGUGGCUCAGGGACUUCUUGGGCCAGUGGUGGUGGUGGCUGGUCAACUUAACAGGUUCCAGUGGAAUCCCUUUCCAUAAAUUUGUUCAACUUCAUGUUUGGUCAAUUAUUCCUAGUCCCAGUGCCAGUAUGCAGUCAUCUUUAUUACAGGCUUUACAAGUGAGAUUUGUCAAUAAAGUUUUUUGAUUUUUCUUUUCUUCAACUGAGCAAGCCCACUUCCCUCAGUCUUUCCACAGAGGUCAUGUUUUUCACCUUUUGUGUGCUUUCCUUAGAAAUCUGUCCAGUUUUUGAAGUGUAAUGACCAAAGUGUGGUGCAGUACUUCAGGCAUAACCUCAACAGUGCUGAGUAUGGAGUAAUAAUCACCUCCCAUAAAACUGUGAACCAUUCAAAUAUAUUUGAGUCCAUAUAAAAAAAGAAAAAUCUUUUCAGAUCUUUUACCUCUACCCUAGCUAUUAGAAUGACAAAUGAAAAUAUUUGGUCUAAUGGAGGAGAAAUAUUUAUUCACUGUCAGCAGGAUUUGGCUGGACAAUGUUUUUCUUUGCUAACAAAACAGAAAGUUGUUAAAUAAAAAUGAUCUUGCAACAGCUGCCACCUGGUCUAACACAAAUUAAGAUGCCAAACAACACUUGUUUAAAUUUCAGCUUGACUUUCCAGAGUUUUUUUGGUCUCUGAUGAAUAAGUAUGCAUUACAAAAUAUAUUUUCACACAAGAAACAUGGAUAUAUGGAUGUCAGAGACCAAACUGAAGACCUCUGUGGCUAAUUUUUAAAAUGCUUGGUAGUGUGCUUUAUGCAUUUUCUCAUCAUAUUUAAUUCCCUCCUGUAUAUGUUUUUUUUUUUGCCACCUUGGAUUUUAAGUGCCCGAAAACCCACUUUGAUUUAUUUGACUUGGAAAUUUGUGCAGUAAUCAGAUACUUGGUAAUGGUACCAUAACUGUGGUAAUAAGGCAUAGUCAUAAGUAGGGGAGAAAUCUACCUGCCAUGAACUUUGCUUUGUAGAUGGAUAGAGCACUCUAAUAUGAAAGUGUUCUCGAUAUCCUGCCUCACCUUUCACGCUGCUGUCUCUCUAGUUAUUGUCAGGUUAUCAGAACACAACUUGGCUCAGCAAGGUGAACGCACUGUUAGCCCACAUUACACUUUCUGAAUUGAACACAGGAUUCUGAAGAAGUGACUAUAAUGUAGUAGAUGAGGAAAAAGUUUGUUUCUCUGUUACAAAGUGGCUUAUUUUAAAAGGGUUGAAUAGGACCAAAACUUGGAUACUUUCAUAUGUUCAGCAUGUUUUGACCCUUUGUACCUUCUCAGCUUUAAAUCUUAAAGGCCUUACGGACAGUCUGCUUUAAGGGGGUGCAGUUCUAUAGCAGUUUAAACCACUUCAUGGCCGUGCAAUCCCAGUCCCUCCUUUAGGGUGACUUUUGUGACCAUUCAGUGAUUCAGGACAUGCACAGGACUGGAAGUGCAUGAGUGUUUUAACUUGCAGCUGGCUCCCUGAAUCCUAAUGAGGAUAGUGCCACUCAUUAUUUUCCUCACUCAUUUUGACUCUUUUUUUGUUGUUGUUGUUCUUGAGGCCUAGGCUGCCCAAGACUGUUUCUCUGUUAUUCUCCAGAGUCUCUAAGAACUGUUUAUGAUAGUGCCAGUAAAACUGAAAUUAUCGUGCAUGGUUUUUUCUACUUACUGUUUUCACCCUUCUGGUCUCUCUGACACCUAUGGUCCUCUCCCUUUACUACCGCUCUUAAGACAUUCAAAUUUUAAAAUAAUACACAAAUUCUUUUUUAUUUGUGUUUGUAACAUUAACGACUAGAUCUAGAAUUGUGUACUGACUUUGUCACUUGACUGGAGAACUGAAACAGAAGGUGGACACCAUCAUGGGGAGUAUACAGUCAAAACAGAAAUAAUAACAGAUCGCAGCUCAAAUUUAUACCACACUUUUGGUGUAAAUUGGCUUCUAUAAGUAAUUCUGACUUACUGAAAAACAUCAGUUGCAUUUUAAAAAUAACUGAAAUUCUAGUACAAGGUCCCAAAAUAAGUGUCAUUAGUUGGCUAAAUUUGUGCUCAAAUCUUCACAUUUAAAGACUGCUUCCUGACCUUCUCCAGCUGCAUGGAUGAGAACUGAAAAUAAUCUCAGAUUUCUAAAGAGAGUGACCAAUCCUUUCCGUUACUUUGUGCUAUUAAAAAGAGGUCCAUUCCUAAACAAACAAAAAGAGAAAAGUCAGUGCUUAAUAUGUUCAGUAGUCAUUGCUGACAGAGAAUCAUGCAUUUGAUCUCAGUAGAAGCACCAUAAAUGUGGGCUGUUUAUAAUGUUUGAUAUCUGUGUUUCAGUAAUAAUAAUAAUAGUAGGCUUUCAAUGUAUUAUGGGAUAAAAGCCAGAAACCUGCAAAUUGUCCUCCAGAUCUUUCAUCCAAAGGCACAGCUGGUCAAAUUUAAACAAGUUCAUGCUGGCUGUUCCUGCGCUGCUCAGUAUGACACGGUGCUCAAAGUUUUUAAAGUCCUAACGUGACUAUUCACAGACAGUCUGCUUGCACCUGUGUGCCUGAGGUCUGCAAAGCUUGUAGAGAUCACAGGCCAGUGCUGAGGGAAACCUAUACAGGAACAGGAUGCCUCAUAAGCAUUUUAUGUUUAUUGUCUCUGUCUUCCUUCAUUGCAGCCUCCAUGCCAUAUGCAAUCCCACUCUUAAACUUUUUCCUUCCCACCUUUCCUCUUCAUAGGCCACACAAACCAGUUGGGGAGGGUUUUUUGGUUUGCUUCUCACCUAAGAGACUAUCCUGUAAUGCACCAGGUAAGUUAUCUCCAAUAAGAAACUUAGUGGUCACACUGCAAUGGGUGGGGCCUGGGCACAAGGCUGGAGAAGCUCCUCUGGUUUGAUCACUUCUGGGAAGGGUUCUACUCAGGUGAUUGACUGUGGAGGUGCUGAGCUAGACUUGAUGACUCUGCAGGUAUCUUUCAAAGAUCCAGUUUUUGCGAGGUCCGUUCUUUCCUCUGAUGUCUUUCUCUCUCCCCCCUCUUAGCUGCCUUCAGCUCUUCUCCAGCAUUCCUUUGUCAGCUGUUGAGGAAUUUGGCCACUUUUUCCCUUCAGUUCUGAACACUUUGUCUAAACUUUAUGAAAUGACAGGCUAGAGGAAAUCCACACCAAGGUGCUGCUGCACAUUCCCAGUCAUAAGCUCAUAAACAGAAGUGUUCUUAGGGCUGUUACAAUGUUUGUCCUGACAUUCCUUCUAGGGAGGUUUGAUCUACAUUUCAGCCCGACUUCCUGUUUCUUCCUGGGCUUCAGAACAUUCACUUCCAGGAAUUUUCCUCCUUAAUGAUUAUAAGAUGGUAAUGUCACCUCAGCAAGACUGAUCCUUGAACAGGUGUUCCUCAUUACAUGAGCCUUACUUGUUCUUUCCAGUGGGAGGGUGGCACAGUCAUAGCUGCGUCUGCCUUCCACCAAACAAGCUUGUUUCUUUCUGCAGUAGGGGCUGAAAACGUGCUUUCCAGCUGCUAUGCCAGUGUGCUCUGGCUCCACAGCUGCCUAGUCUUGAGUUCAGGAAGCUCUGGGAUAUAGCAGUUGUGCUUAAACCUUUCCCACUGACAAAGAGCAUGUAUUUUCAUACUACAAUUAUUACUAAAUCUCCCCUGAAUUGAACUAUUUUGAAUUUUCAUUAAGCAGCAUUAACGGAUUGUUUCUUAAUUUGAGGGAUUUGUGUGAGCUUUAUAAAUAUAUAUAUACACACACACGCACUUCAUAUUGUACUGUGUAUUUCCAGGUAUCCCACUGCAAGGCUUGUCAAGCAAAGAGGUUGUAUUUUUCUCAUAUCAAACUAUCCAGUUACUUAUCAGAAGGUAAACAAAAACUUAAUUCUUGCUAUUUAAUGGCAAAAGAGUUGAAUUGUGUUCUACCAAGCAGGCUCUGUGGAGGUAUUUAAAACACAUGCUAAUUUUACACCUUUAAUUAGAAAAGCUAUUUUACUUUGUUUUCACUUAUCAAGGCUUUGCACCUGAGCUGCUGCGAGUGCCUGUGUGCCCAUCUACCCUGUCUUAAACAUGUAAACAAAUACAUGUUCCUCAACAUUUCCUGCCUGCUAAGUCUUAGCAUUUCCCAAAACAGGACCUAAAGGCAGCAUGGAUUGCCAAGGAACCACAGGGAGGGGAAAGAAAAUAAUCUUGAUAAGCUGCUGUUUAAUUGGUUAAUAAAUGAGAGCUAAAAUAUAAGACAAAAUGUUUAAAAGAACAAACUGCAGCAAGAAACUUCUGGCAGGGCUACAGAGGAAAAUCACAUGAUACACUCUGAAGUUUGCAGACACUGGGAAUGAUCCACAAUUUCUUGUCCAUGUGAAGUGGAGACAGGAAACACUCAUCAGACUGGUAGUCUUCAGCAGCUUUUUCAAAAAAGCCUCUAUUUUAUCUCCAUUUUAUUUCCAGAGAAAGACUUGGUGCUGCUGUGGUGGUGUAUCAAGCUAUAUGUAAUCAAUCUCUGUAUCUCUUCCUUUAAGUUCUGUGUGACAUCAGUCUCUUUCCUUCAACUGUACUGAAAACCCAUGUGGUUUGGCUCCACUGGGAAUCUCUUCUGCACCCACCCUUCCAGUUGCUGAUGCUGCUUUAAACAGUUGAUUAGAUCGGUCUCAAGGAGGUGUAGGUCAGCAGGUCCUUAAAGCAGUUAUGAAGCCUGGGGCCUGGUCUCAUAACUCAGGUUCUGGCUUGGAUGUGGGCAGAAGCAGGAAGACAUUCCUGGAUUCUGUCCUGUCUUUGUGAAAGGGUUUCCUGCCAAUGAUACUCUCCCAAACCCUUUUGUUUCUCUUUUUUGUACUUUUCCACUUUACCUCUCUCCUUUUUCCCAUGGAUAUGAUUCAGGACCUAAAGUCUUUUUUGCAUAUUUGAUUGUGUGCAUCACCAGGAUUAUUUUUAAGCCAUUUUUUUAAAUUUGUGCCUGGGUUUUCCCAGUUUCAGACGUAGUUUUCUCAAUUGUAAUGCUAACCACCUUCAAAGUCUUUUUGGUUGCUAUUAUUUCUCUGGCAUCUGUAAUAAAAUUCUGUCUCACUACUGCCUGUAUCAUUUUUUCUCCUUAUCCUGUAUCCCUGACAGUUGCCUAGGUGGCGUGGAUGUGGCUUAUCCAUCCUUCAAUUAGUAAUGAUUGAAUGGAAUAGGGAAUGCUUUUAAAGGGAUGCACAAAUGCUGUAUGAGCACUUUUUUUGAUCUUUUAUACAGAAGUUUAUUUAUAAUUUCACUUUCAUCCUGAAGAUGAAAUUAAUUUUAAGCAAUCCUGGCAAUAGUUUCUGCAUUAUAUUUUGCUGAUUCCUCAGUACAAGCACUUUAGUAAUGAACACUAGUUACUCUUGUCUAAACAAGCGAUGACUGAAGAAUGUUUUUCUGUGUGUCACAUGCUUCCAGCUACAGCUUCCCAUCAUCCUUCAGAGACCUGUGUGCUGUGGCAACUAUUAGCAAAACCCCUUUAAGCAUCACCUAAAUGGCUUGGUAGGUGGGCUUUUAGGAAGAGAAUACUGUGUCAGGUAGAUCUUUAAGAAGCUCUGCAGGAGAUGUAUUUAUUCUACUUGUCUAGCUGUAUGACUUGUAAGAGACAAGCUUUCUUUGUAUGUUUUGAAAGUGCCAAAAUAGCAGCAACAGAACAGACUGGCUUCUUUUAUCCGAAGCUUUGUGGCUCCCUUAUACUGCUUAGACUUUAUCAUUAAAACAAAGGCUGUGUUCUGCUGCUGUUAGGAGCUGUGGCUGAUGCACACCUCUUCCUGUAAACAUUCCCUCAUUUGGUUUUAAGGUUAACAUCUCUUGACCGCUCUUCCCACUUAGGUAUGACUCACUCUCACCUAAUUCAGGGAAGGGAAGCUUAAGUAUUACUGGGGAAGAAGGAAAAUAAUUUGAUUGUGAAAGGCAAGGGGAAAGUUGAUGAGGCAGGAGUAUUUAUUCUUACCGAUUGAGUCUUGCUGCCUAAUUGGUACAUAAUCUGUUCUGCAAAAGGUUUUGCUUAUUCUUUGCUGUUUCCUGGUUUUCGUGUUUGUUUGCAUACUGAAUACUGAACAGGUUCAAUUGCUGCUGUUAGAAGGAGAAGUCUGUCUACCAAAAGGGAUCCGUAAUGUUUUCCUUUACUUGGAGAUUUUUUGAAUUCUAAAUUACCUGUGUGUAUACUUCAUAAUGUACCAUAUGCAAAUAUUCUUCAGGAAUUGAUACUACCACUUCAGACAGUCAGUAUUUUCUAUGUAAGAACUGUACGUUUCCUAUACUGCCAAGAAUGUAUAUAUAUCUAUGAAGACUUAAGAUUGUAUCUUUUUGAGCAAGCCUCUUUCUUCAACCAUCUGAAAUUUUCUUCCUGUUUCUCAAGUUCUCUGCUAUUUAUUAGACACUUGUGUUAUAUUGUGUACUUUUUUGUAUCAGUUGUAUUGCUGUAUUUCUCCUUUCUGUCAUUAAAACCUGUUCUUCUCAUC